UCGCGAUAGGACCGAGUUCCGACUAAGACCGCUGCUGCCCUCUGGCCGUCUGGCGAGUCCUUGCUGUUCUUCACCGGCCAUGACUUCACGACACCUCUAGUAUUAGGCUCCCCACCAACACAGUCGCAGGCCGUCUUAAUACCCAGCACUCAUGGCCUCGAGCGAUCCAGCCUCAGCUACCGAUACCAUCCUGCUUCAUCCACGACCUCUCUCGCGGACUGCAGGCAGCUUCGCUCUUCUCCCUCUCCUCCCCUUUAGGCGCGAGAUGAUACCGCUACCGGCGGAAGUGUGGACGAAGAUUCUAGGUUAUGUCUUCGAGUACUACAACAACCUGAGCGACUCCGAGAGGCGCCGUCCGGAUCCUCUGCGCAAUGAACUGAGGCAGGGGUUACUGGUGUUAUCAAAGGAUCUCAUUGACAUAGUGCUACCACUGUUCUACGCGCACACCAUCCUCGACUCUGUAUCGGCAUUGGAGAAGUUCACCCGCUACGUACAUCUAUGCGACCAGAAAUGGGAUUCCAUUCGCCGCAUCCCUUACUCUACCCCUGGACGAUGGGUACAGCACCUUGACUUGAGGGGGGUAGAUGUCUGCCUGCCUUCCGAAUUGUUGCACGCGGACACCCUCCUCAUGACGCUAUUCCCACUCCUACCAUUUCUUGGACGCUGCGACCUGAAUCCAUCACUCGCGCUGAGCCGGCGGCCUACACUGGCACUCGGAGGUCGUUGUGAAAUCGCACACCUACGUGUCCUGAAGGGUCUCCGGUCGAAAUGUUCCGUUCACAGCACCGACGACCACCUCGCCGAACUCGUACGCGUAUGCGUCAAUCUCGAAGAGCUGGCGAUCGUCGGCACAGGGAUAGACGUGACCGACUUCGACACCCCAGGAGAGUGGGACACCCUUGGGUCGUCGAAGCCACUGGAGCUGCCUCAUCUGCGCAAGCUCGUGAUGCUAUCGAUGCCAUACUCGCCAGUGAUGCGUACCCUCCUACACGCCCAUCUUCCCGCCCUGCGCCACUUGACGAUCACUCCGUACGACGUGGGCUACGUACCGGCAUCCCUUGUCACGCAGUUCAUCCAUGAGCACGGGCAACUGCUUGCCUCGCUCCACUUCUUUACCAUGAAGACGUGGCCCGCGAUUCUUAUGCCGUCUCCGGAUGAUAUUCUGCAGACCUGCCCCAACCUCUCCCAUCUCUCCCUUGAGACGCCCAUGCCGAUGCUCUGCCUCCGCAAGACGGAUCCCGAUCACCCUCUUCACGUACUCUCAAUCCCUCGCCCUGGCCCAGAGUUCCUGGCGGUGCUCGAGGCGUUGUUGCCGAAGAUGCCGGCGCUCAAGAUCGUGCGGGCACGCGACGUGCGGUGGCUUCGGCCAGGCAUGUCGCUUCGCGCACAGCAAGCGGGGACUCAGGGAGAGAUGGUCGAGUGGCGACGCAGGCUUGUUCGCAGAGGCAUCCAGGUUGUCGAUUCUGAAUGGAACACUGGUCCGGAGUAGGGAGUAUGAACGCCAUUGCCACGGUACGGCCAUUCGUGCCUUUCUCAGUAUCUUUGUUGUACUUUGUCUGUGUACUCAUAGUGUAUCAUGACACAGGAACGUGUAUAGUAAGACCUGUCGAUGUGCUCGAUAUGAAUGCCACUCCAGCUCAUUUUGACCGUA